AUGUGGAAUGUACCAUGGGGAACUGUUUUUAUUCUAGCCCUUUGGAAAAUUUGGAAAGACAGGAAUAAUAUGGUUUUUUGCCAAGAAGAUUGUAAUGCACAGAAGGCUGUUAGAUUUAUUCACUUGCAAGCCAUUGAAAUUCAGGAAGCCUUUCUGACUGAUCAUUUCACAGGGAGGAAAAUACCUCAAGUUUCUAAUUGGUGUUGUCCUCUUGCAGGUAAAAUUAAGCUUAACACGGAUGGAUGCUCUAAAGGCAAUCCUGGACCAGCGGGUUAUGGAGGUUUAUUCAGAGAUGAAAGAGGGACAUGGCUGCAUGGUUAUCAUGGAAAGCUUGAAAAUGCAACCAGUGAGGUUCCAUCUGGCCUUUACAAUAUCUCCACCAUCAUUGCGUUAUCAGUAUGUAUUAACCAACUUGAAGGAAAUAUUCCUCCUGAUAUAGGCUCCCCCCUUCCCAACCUCAAGUUUCUUUAUCUUUUCGUCAAUUUGUUUACUGGAACACUUCCUACUUCACUGUCAAAUGCUUCUGAGCUUGAAUCAAUAGACUUCUCUCAGAAUGAUUUCAACGGGAGAAUGCCAAGGGAUCUUGGAAAACUUCAUGGUUCAUUGCCUGACUCCGUAGCUAAUCUCUCCACAUAUCUUAGCUAUUUUAAUUUGGAGAUUAAUCAAAUACAUGGAAGCAUUCUUUCAGGCAUUGGGAAACUCCUCAAACUCACUCUCUUAUCUAUGGUAGCAAAUAAUCUUGCUGGCCCUAUUCCUUCCUCCAUUGGCACACUUCAUAAGCUGCAAGAACUGCUGUUAGGCGGGAACAAAUUCACAAAACUUUCAUCUUCGCUUGGUAAUUUGACUUUCUUGAUUAUUCUUGACUUGUCAGAAAACAACAUUCAUGGAAGCAUAACUCCGAGUUUGGGCAAUUGUCAUAGCUUGUUGCAAUUAGCCCUUUCUCAAAAAAAUCUCAAUGGUUCAAUACCCCCUGAAAUUAUGAGUCUCUCCUCCAUUUCAACAUUCCUCUUGUUAAAUCACAAUGCACUAAUUGGUUCUCUUCCAUCAGAAGUUGGGUCUUUGACAAAUCUUGGACACAUGGAUGUAUCCUAUAAUAGAUUAUCAGGGCCGAUACCAAACACUCUAAGCAAUUGUUUGAACUUGGAAUGGCUUCAGUUGGAGGCCAAUUCAUUUGAAGGAGAGAUACCUAAAAGUUUGAGAAAGUUGAGGGGCUUAAGAGUGUUGGAUCUUUAG